CGCUGGAAUUGAAGAUGGCGCCAUUACGAGAAGGGGAUCGAACCCAUUCAAGUCACACCGUUAGGUUGAUGCCUGCUGCGAAUUCUUACUCUCACUAUCCAAUUUGCCACGAUGAGUGCAGCGCAAACCAUGGCCGCUUUGGCCGAAAGCGCUCGAGAAACGGAGCGGAUCGAGCGCGAGCGUUUGGAACGAGAGCCGUCUUUUGUGACUGCGCUGUCACCUUCAUCUGCUGGUACUCCACCUACUGAAGGCUCGUGUCUGCCUUCCUCUGUAGCGGUGGAAGGGCGUGUUUUUCGUCGACUGCAACGGUUCCAUUUACUGCCGUCGGAGCUCAAGGCGCAGUCUGACAUGGUCGCGACGUACUUGCUGACACCAAAAGUGCGUCUUCAAGUGUUCGAGCAGCGGAAGCAUUGGUGGCAACAUCCACUUCACCUUGCGAAGGCUGGGCACGGGACGUUCAUACAAGGUCGCAAGCUUCUGAAGGCCGUCCUGAAGUAUCUGUUGCUGUCCCACGCGGCCAAUAACACUCUCCGUGACGUUCAGCAACUGGCGGAAGGACUGAUACUUAGUGGUUUUCUGUCACCGGCACACGAGGCGCCAAACGCCGAUGAUGAACCUAUCGAAGAGCUGUACAUACUAGAUGACAGCUACUACGAACUCGUAGCUCCUGGAGCCAGCUCUGCUGCCUCGACACCGAAUGCAGUAGCGUCCGCUACUGUUGAUACUACCUCAUCCACCACAUCAAGUGCCAUAAUCUUGCCCGGACACGUGCGAUCACACCAUUCCAAGAAGCCGACGCGACAACCCGAACAUUCGCUCUCUGUCUGGGCAGUGACGGACGGCGCAACUCGUGCAGGGUUUGUACAGCGUAAAUGCGGUCGAAUCCACGUGCGAAAUCUUCUCGGGAUUGCAUCGAAUACAGCCAGUUGUUACGCUGUAGUUAAUAAGACAAAGCACCACUCGCUCGUGCUGUUCGAGACGGACGUAGCAAGACACGAUCUCGUCCAUGUGGAUCUUCAUGCAGCAACCGUGGAGUAUUGUACGCGAACAGAUGAUGAUACUGCGUUUUAUGCUCUAAAGAUUCGCGUUGACGGUGACAACCACGGAAGCAACGACACGGAGAUUCUCGUUCUGAAUAGUAAACCCGAGCUGGAGCAGUGGCUGCUUGCACUACUGGAUGCCGGUGCUACGUUCUUGGAAACUCACCCUGCCAUUCUCUCAUUUGCAGCCUCAACAGCUUCGCUGUACUCUCUUCGAGAUACAGACGCGAAUGGUAAUACCUUUUGCCUGUCGGAGUUGCGUGGUCACGUGGCCUUGUUGACGAAUGUAACCAGCGGUACCUGCAUUACCAACGCAGAGCAACUUCAGCAGCUUGCGGAGUUGUCGUCAAAGUACGGAGACGCCGGUCUGAAAGUGGUGGCGUUCCCUAGCGCGCAGUUCGGAGACGCGGAAUUCGACAACGAUAAGGAACUGAUUGAGCAUUUCCAAGAUCUAUUUGGCGUCCGCUUCCCUGUGUUAUCCACGCGGGAUGUGAACGGGCCAAAUGCGCGCGAUACAAUGCUUUUCUGCAAGACGCGCCUACCUGGAGCUGCGAAAUCGGCAGCCAACGCACUCAUUGAAAACAACUUUGUCAAGUUCCUCGUUACCCGCAACGGAACACUAUUCAAGCGAUACGGUCCCCGUGAUUUACCUCUAAGCAUGGAAAGCGACAUCCAGAAUCUGUUGCAGGAGACGCCAUAAUUGAGAAUGUCAAAAAAAUCAAACACAACUUUUGGAUGAAUAAACAUGUUAUUUUAUAUCCGCA